AUGGCGUGGUACGACGAGGACAGCUGGGCGACGGCGGCCUUCGCUCCGAAGGGUUCAACCAUCGCCAUCACGUUCCUCCUCGCCGUGCUGCUCCCGAUUCUGCUGCACCAGUUCAUCUACCGCAAAGCGACGCCUACGACAUUGCCCUGCUUCCUGCUUAUUGGCCCCAGCGGCGCAGGCAAGACGGCCUUUCUCACUCUGACGGAACGCAAAGCCGUAGCUCAGACACACACGUCAACCGCGCCCUCGGCUAUCGAGGUCCUCCUUCCUGAAGACCACACGCCCCAGUCGUCGCACUACCGCUCGCCGGGCGACCCCGCGUAUGAACGCUCGCGCCGCUUCCUGCUGAACGAUACCCCUGGCCAUGGCAAGCUACGCCAUUUUGCGACGACGCAGCUAGCCAAUCCUACCAAUGUUCGCGGCAUCAUCUUCGUUCUUGAUGCGGCGACGGUCGCCGAGGAGGCAGGCCUCAAUGAGACUGCAGAGUACCUACACGACGUCUUGCUGGCCUUGCAGAAGCGAUAUACAGGGGCUACCACCAGCAAGGGGCCUAAGGAAAUACCCGUGCUGAUAGCUGCGAAUAAGAUGGAUCUAUUUACGGCACUACCACCGCAUCUUGUCACGCAACAGCUGGAGAAGGCCAUUUCCGAGGUAAGAAAAAGCCGAGCAAAGGGCCUGAAGGACUCUGGAGCUGCCUUGAGCGGCGAGGAAGAGGGCUUAGAUGAGGAGAGGGAAUGGCUAGGCGAGGGAGGCGAGGGCAGUUUCGAGUUUGGUCAGAUGGAGGAAGUGGGUACCUCCGUUACCGUGCAUGGCGGCCAUGUUAUUCGUGGGGACGGCGCAGAUGUGAGGAGCUGGUACGAAUGGAUCGCUUCGCACCUGUGA